AAACCCUUGCCAUGGACACGCUCGUGUUGUCUGUGCCGGGAACUGGAUGCAGCCACUCCAACCAGAAUUAAAUAGAUGACCUCUGAUGAGAAAUGGAUGGUGAUGGUGAUGUGGACCCAGGCAGGAACGACUUGCCCCUCAGAGCCAACACCAACCACAUCCUGGUCAGACACUAUGUCUUGGACCUGGACAUACACCUCCAAACUAAGGUUAUCACUGGUACUGUGGUGCUCUUCCUGGAGCCAGGCCCAUUGGCUGGCGAUGGGAAUGGGGCUGGGGAAGGCGCCCCCACCCCACCCCAACCAUCCCAAACUGAUGACUCCUGGGAGGAUGAGAGCCACAGAGACUUUACCUUAGUUCUGGACUGCUGUGACCUCACUGUGUCAAAAGUAGAGGAGUUGGACGUGACCUCUGUGUCGGAUAUGCAGGGUCUCCUAAAGGAGGUCAAGGGUGAGGGGUCAGGGGUUGAACCACAACCAGACAGCCAAUCAGCUGUGCUCAUUCAGAGGCUGAUCUCCCUACCGUCCACCCAAUGGAAAAAGCAACACCACCUGUACCUCCAGUGCAGUCAUGCCCCUGCUUCUGAGGGUGGGGGACCCCUCAUCUUCCACACUGACCGCUGGAGCCUGCAGGUGAGGAAGAGGGGGGUUCGGACCCUCCUGGAGUUCCCCCGAGCCCUGAGGGUCUGCUACAAGACCAAGCCGGAGGGAGGCUCUGUCAGGUGGACUAAAGAUCAGGACAACAGGUCAUGUGUUUACACCGCCGGCUCCCCCAUCAACAACCGUGCCCUCUUCCCCUGUCAGGAGCCUCCUGUCGCCAUGUCGACGUGGCAGGCCCAGGUACGAGCCCCUAGGGAGUGUGUGGUUCUAUUGAGUGGAGAGAACCAGGCCCAGCCCACUCACCUGCACCACACAGGUCUCUCUAGCUGGGACUACUAUGUCACUAUGCCUAUGCCUGCCUCCACUUUUACCUUGGCAGUGGGUUACUGGCGCCAGGCCACAGCACAACUUUCCACAGCACAGCUUACCCCUCCUGUGCAGGGUACAAGGGCUGGGGCCUCCCAUACGCAUGCUGGCAGCUUGGACCUGAAUCCAUUCACCAACAUGGACCAUCCCGUCAUCACCAGCCCACAGUCUACAUUAGUUUACUCAGGCCUGAAGGAUGAGAAGCACUCUGAGAGCGACUGCUCAGGUCUGGGUGAUGACAACUUCACCUGUUGCCAUGCUGAUUACCCCUGUCCAUUCACCGACCCAUCCGCCUGGAGCCAAGAGGUGGUCCCUCACCGGAUCUUUGCCCCGCCCUCUCUGCUGCACAAGGCCCAGGUCCAGAUCCUCCCCAUUCUGCCUGGCUGCCUGGCUGCAGCCCACGCUACCCUGGGGGUCCAUCCCUUCCCCCGCCUCGACGUACUCAUCGUCCCAGCAGGCUUCUCUAGUCUGGGCAUGGCCAGCCCCCACAUCAUAUUCCUGUCACAGAGUGUGCUGUGUGGAGAGAGAGAGGGAGACGGAGAGAGAGAGGGAGUUGGAGGAGAGCGGGGCCUGUCUCUGUGUGGGUCUCGUCUGUGCCAUGAGCUGUCCCACUCGUGGUUUGGCCUGGCCAUCGGGGCCCGGGACUGGACAGAGGAGUGGAUCAGUGAGGGCUUUGCCACCUACCUGGAGGACAUCAUCUGGGCCCGGGCACAGCAGUUGUCCAGCAAAGAGACAGAGGAACAGUCUAAACUCAAGGCUCUGCUGAGGUGGAGGAGACUCUCAGACGAACUACAGAACUCUGAGGAGCAGCUGCAGAUCCUCAGGCCCAACAUGGAGAGUACAGGCCAGGUCAGUGAGUCUGGGUCGUCCCUGGUCAAACAUGCCCUCAACCCUGAGAAAGCCUUCAUGCAAGUCCACUACCUCAAGGGCUACUUCCUCCUCAGGUUCCUGGCCAGUAAAGUAGGACACGACUACUUCCUCCACUUCUUCAGGCUCUUUGUAAAGAAAUACCAUGGACAACUAAUUCUCUCUCAGGAUUUCUUGCAAAUGCUGCUGGAGACCUUUCCUGACAUGGAGAGACAAGGCCUAACCCUUGAAGCUAUUUAUGCAGACUGGCUGGAUCGGCCAGGAAUUCCUAAGUGGCUGUGUGAAGGGAGAGCCGUACGGACACAGACUCGGCUGGUGGAAGAAGUCAAAGCGGAGGUAGCAAAAUGGAUUGGUCUCAGUCCGAGCGUUGGAAAAGGCAGAAAGCGGAAGAAAGCAGGACUGAAGGUGAACUUCAAAGAGGUGAUGCCGGAGCAGCUGGUGUUGCUUUUGGAGCUUCUGCUGGAGGAGGCGGAGCUAAGUGUGACAUCACUGCGUACGAUCAAGAGAACCUACGAUCUACCGAAGCAGGACGCUGAGGUGAGGCAUCGCUGGUGUGAGCUGGUGGUCAAACACAAAUACGCUCAGGCUUAUGGAGAUGUGGAGCACUUCCUCAUACACGACCAGGCCAUGGGUGUUUAUCUGUACGGGGAGCUGAUGGUUCAAGAGGACACUAGGCAACAGGCGCUGGCCAGGCGCUGCCUCUCAUUGGUCCAGAACGAAAUGGACCAAUCAGCUCGCAGAGUGGUAGAGGAGAUGGUCCUAUGAGGUGGCACACAAAAAGGCUGCCCAGCUGCCCGCCUUGGGACAUGGAAGGGAGAGGAAACACUGAGAAAGUAAUGCUCUCACUACUUCCCCUCCAGACAGGAAGACCAAACGCCAACCUGUUUUCUUUCCUGCAUGAUCAAUGAAGUUAAAGCACUGUACUGUACAUACUAAUAGUAAUAGGUGAUGUGUAGAUAGGACUGCGUCCUAAAUGGCACCCUAUUUCCUAUAUAGUGCACUACUUUUGACCAGUGCCCUAUUAGCCCUUUGACUUUGGGCAAAAGUAGUACACUAUAAUGGGAAUAUGGUGUCAUUUGGGACACCCAUAGUUAUGUUCUCCAGAAUUCUCAAAAAUAUAGGAAUCAGAAAAUAAAGACUAUUCUCAUGGCAUUUUUAUAAAUGUAAUAAUGCCUCUUUACUGAACUUUCUGAUUUAGCCUCAGUUUCAAUUCUCCUCAUUAGGAAAUGCGACUGAGAAUGAGAUUUGGGUCUUGGAGGUGUCCUUUGAUGUGGAGAUUUGGGUCUUGGAGGUGUGCUUUGAUGUGAGUGUUUCUUGUGUGUUCGAACGUGGGAUCGUUUGUACAUUCAUUCUGCAAAAAACAGUACAGCUACAGUCACUCACCCUUCUCACCCACCCUUUGAAACAGUCUAACCAGGUCUUGUGUCUGGAAGCCACCUGCAGAUUCAUACUACAGCUAUGACAAUCAGUUUGUAUUACUAAUAGUAUGGAUUGGGAUUAUGGUUUAUUUUUUAGCUAGCUAUCUACAUUACAUGACCCAUCAAGUUAGCCAGGUGUGUCUGGCGGUGAUUACGGCCAUCUACUGUAUUUCAUGAACAUGUCUAGACAAUAGUGACCCAUCCACUUAGCUGGAUGUGGCUGGGGAGUGGUUAUAGCAUGACCCAUCCAAUUUAAACAAGUGUGUCUGGGUAAGCAUCAUCUAAUAAUUAGCGAAUAUUUUUAUCUGGACACUGUCUGUUUUUUGAUAUUGCUACGAAUCGAAUAUGUAAGUAAACAUUUCACUGUACCGUUUACACCUUUGUAUCCUGUGCAUGUGACAAAUAAACAUUGAUUUUAUUUGA